AUGGCCGCCGUGACCCUCUUAGCGCUCGGCAACGGCGCCCCUGACGUCUUCGCAUCGGUCGCGGCGGUCCGGACCGGCCAAUACCGAACUGGCUUCGGCGCAAUUCUCUCGGCCGGUACGUUCGUCUCGGCGUUUGUGGUUGGUUUCGUGGCGAUUUACGCCGCACCCUUUUCGCUCAAUCCGGCGCCGUUUGUGAGGGACGUGUUGUUUUAUUUGACCGCGGCGUUGUUCUUGUUCUAUGUGUAUCUUAGUGCCGAGAUUUAUCUGUGGCAGGCUGUUGGGUUUGUUGGGUUUUACUUGUUUUUUGUUGGCCUUGUGUUUUGGAUGGACUUGGGGUUAGGUGCAGGAGGAAAGAAGAGCAGGGUUGAGGAGGGUGUGGUUGGAGACAGUGAAAUUCAGAGGGGUUUGGUUGCACCAGAUUUUGAGAUCGGACAAGUUUCGGAGAAUUCAGAGGAUGGGAAGCUAAGUUUCGGGUUUCGGCGAGCUCUUGUAAUGAUCUCAAAAGCAUGGGAGCUUCCAGUCUCAGUUCUUCUAAAGCUCACAAUUCCGCAAGCUGCACCUUCUGAAUGGAGCAGAUUCUACACAUCAGCCAAUAUUGCUCUUUGCCCUCUAGCCCUUCUAUAUGCUUGCAAUUCGUUCAUGCCAUUCAACCAUCCUGUUGUUUUUCUCCUUUCCGAUACCCAUUUGCCCCUAUGGUUUGUAGUCCUCUUGGCAAGCUCCCCUCUUGCACUUCUUCAUUAUAUAGUGGAAAAAGAUCCCCCCAAAACUGAGCAAAUGCCUGUAUUGCUUAUAGCAUUUGUUAUGAGUGUUUUUUGGAUAUCAACCACUGCUGGAGAACUGCUGAACUGCCUUGCUGCUCUUGGAUCACUUCUGGAGUUGCCACCUGCACUUCUUGGGCUUACGGUUCUAGCAUGGGGAAAUUCAGUGGGGGAUCUUGUUGCUGAUGUUGCACUUGCCAAGGCAGGCCACCCUGCAAUGGCCAUGGCUGGUUGUUUUGCUGGGCCAAUGUUUAACAUGCUUGUUGGACUUGGAACAGCUUUGGUUAUACAGACAUAUAAUGUUUAUCCGGAGGUGUAUGAGCUUCAGUUCCACUUAGUUUGGUUAUUGCCAAGUUUUCAGGAUGAUUCUUUAUCCAUUGAGAUUGGAUCUACCAUGGAAAAAUUGCACGCAACCGGGGAUAACUUGCAGCGACCGAAUGUCAUCUGA